UCUCUUUUUUCUCAAAAAAAAAAGUAAACACGAAGGUGAAGGAGGCUCCUACGCCCUCUCCUGCGCCACCGAUCUAGCACAUCUGGGUGCCGAAGGACCCGCCGGCGCCGCCCCUUUGAAUCCUUGACGGCCGCCCACCGCGACAGCAGAGGCGGAGCAGGCAGCCACGGUGACAUUACUUGUGUCACUGCAAGGUUCUGUAAUACCAGAGGAGCAAGAUGGAAAUUUUUGUAAUCGUCUCACUUGUCAUCCUUCUUGCGCUAGGAGCUUUCUUUGUAAUGCCAAAAUCCCAGAGAAAAGACAAAGCAAAAGAAACCGAUUCAGAUGCUAAUGGAACGACAUCUAGGAGCUAUACAAAGGAUGAAGUCUCAAAGCACAACACCAGGAAGGACUGUUGGAUAAUCAUCAAAGACAAGGUUUAUGAUGUUACUCCUUAUGUGGAGGAACAUCCGGGCGGAGAUGCCAUUCUAAACAAUGCUGGGGAUGAUUCCACAGAGGGCUUUUUUGGCCCACAACAUGGCACUAGAGUCUUUGAUAUCAUUGAGGAUUUCUGCAUUGGCUCAUUGAAGGCUUCAUAAUAGAAUGGUUUAGAAGCCUUGAGAAUUUGUUGAGGGCGCCAUUUGUUGAAACCCAAAGCAUGAGAGGCGACAGAUUAUCCAAGAUUCAUCAUUGCAAUGGUCGGGAGUUUGUUGUAGAUGUCAGAGUCGAAUUGUUCUGUAGCUGCAACCAGCGCUGGCUUAACAUCUGUGAUGUAAUCAUGUAAGUUCAUUUUUUCUACUGUAACUCUGUAGACAUCACUCUAGCCAUACUAGUUUGCGGUUAUGCAUUUCUGAAUGUAUUCUUCUUGACAGCUGAGACUUCGAAAUGCGAUGAAUGCAUGUUUGUUUA